UUAUUAAUUUUAAAUGAAUUCUGUAUAUUUGAGUCUCAUAUCAUUUGCAUUAAUUAUUGCAUCUUCGUUUGGUGGAGGGCCUUCGAUGCCUAGCUGCAAAUUAGCAUGUACAAAGGAAUAUUUUCCAUUGUGUGCGUCGGAUGGAGAAAAUUUGAAUACUUUUAGUAAUGAGUGUGAAUUAGAAAAGUUUAAUUGCUUGAAUGAUAAAGCAUUCGUAGUAUUCGAAGAAGGCGAAUGUAAACGAUCGGAGUGCAUGAAAGCUUGUUCAAAGCAAUUCUUAUAUGUUUGUGCUGUUAAGGAUGAUGGACAAUACACAUUUAACAGUCACUGCAUUUUCGACAUCAUGAACUGCAAGGAAAAAGGAGCUUAUAAAUUACUACAUGAAGGAAGAUGUAGCGAUCCCAAUGCAACAAUGUUCAACAAACCAAAUUUUAUUCGCUUCUUUGAAUAAAGCUUAAAAAUUUAUUUGAAAUAUUUUGAUUAUUAUUUAUAUCCAAUGAACGAACUUUUUAAAC